AUGGGAAAUUCGGGCAGCAUGAAUGGGUUGGCGAGCUACGAGGAGGGUGGGUACCAUCACCAGCAGGGCUACCAUCACCACCACCAGCGGUACCAUGACGCGAUGCGGGGGGAGGCGGGUGCGAGCGGCGCCAUGUCGUCCUCCUGGAUGGACUCGUACCAGCGCGGUGAGCACGGGCGACGGGGUGGAGGAGGAGGAGGAGGACCCCGUGACUACGAGCAGCAGCAGCAGAUCAAGGUUCUGCCGGACAUUCCGGGCAAGGUGGCCAAGCUCCGGUCGACCAACAACGGUAACAUCCUGCACGCCGGUGGCACCAUCAGCAAGAACAACCAGGCGCUGCAGCGCUCGAAGAGCAUCUCGUCGCCGACGUACCAGCAGCAUCAGCACGCCCAGCAGCAGCCGGCCAGCUUCAGCGAGUGCGACGAGGACCUGCAGCUGCAGCAGGGUGCGGCCAGCUCCCAGGCACCGCGCCUGCUGAUGACGCGCUCCCGCACGCAGCUCAACAUGGUGGUCGGAGCGAACCGGGCGGGACCGAAAGAGCCGGAACCAACACACCGACGCGGGGGAAGGCCGCUGCCGGCCGGCCAGGAGCGGUACGGGGAGCCGAGCGCGCGCACUUCCGCCGACGCCGCUGCGCUCAACCACCGCAAACGCUUCGGCUCCGAGCCCGACCUCCGGUUGUCACUGCAAGGGCCUCGCAAUGGCGCGCCAACCGGCGACCAGCAGCCACAGACCAAUGGUGGAGCCGCACGGAAACCCAACACGGCGCAGUCGAAAAUCAUGAAGGGCAAAAACAAGAAGAAGGCGGCCCCGGUACCUCCGCUGAUCGAAAAGCGCGAGUCCGGCAAGGAGAGCGAACGUCAGCGCAUAAUCGCGUACUCGCCGCUGCGCAAACCGACUGGCGAUGGGAACGUCUCCUCCACCCUGCCGUCGUACGGCGAGAUCAGCUUCAAUGCGACGGCCACGAGAAAGCUGCGGCUGUUUAAGACGCGCGCCGAGACGAAGAAGACGCCCGCCAUUGCGAAGCUGCCGGAAGCGUCCGACGUGAAGUUUUCCGGACACGCAGCGGGCGGUGGGCCGGGCGCGAGCCUGAUGAAGCAAGGGCUGCCGGGUGGGAGCUUCCACGCACCGUCGGCGUCAUCGGCGUCGUCGCAGCUCAUCAGCCUGACGCACCACCAGCUGGCGCGCCAGCAGCAGCCCGAACCGGACAAAGGCAACGUCCACCGGCCGGCCAACCCGAUGUCGUUCUUCCGGCGCGAGAAAACGUUCGACGCCGGGCUGCUCGGGCUGGAGCGGAAGCCGCAGCCGAAGGCCAAACCGACCAUGUCGCCCCCGCUGUCGCGCCGCAAAUCGAUCGUGAAGAGUCUGCUCGAGCAGGAGGAGGGAGGAGGGGGGAGUGCGCGGGCGGAGAAACCGCGGGCGAAGGUCAGUCCGGCGCCGGGCGCACCCAUCACCGAUUUCCAGAAGGAGCUGCAACUGAUGGCAAGGCGAAAGCAGUCACCGGAGCUCAACCGGAAGACGGCGGCGACGGUGACGGCGGUGGCUGCAAGCAAUGGCAGACAAGCGCCGAAAGGUUCCCCCUUCCGGGUGCACGUCGCCAGUGGCAGUCCCAAGGCGCUGGCCAAGGCGACGAAAUUGCCAACCGCGUCGGCCAAGACGCUGGUUAUUCCGGUGGCGUCGGAAAAGGAACCGAACCCGGGCGAGUCGCCGUCGCCGCCACCGCUGCCGCCACCGAUGGAUUCGUCUCCUCCGGCCACGCCGCCGCCGCCACCGCCCCCGCCGAAAACGAGCUUCUACUUCGGCAUGAGCGGCAACGCGUCCCGGGCCGAGGACCACGGACACGCGCAGGACCGCAGCCUGUCCACGUCGACGAACGACCUGCGGCUGGCGGAGUACUUCGCCGAGCGGAAGGCGCAGCAAGCGCAGCCGAAGGGCAGCGAGGACGACCCCGAGGAGCGGGUGGAACGUUCGCGAACGCCGGACGAGAUCGGCCACACGCAGAUGGAGCUGAUCGAUCAGUUUGCCGCGAGCCUGCUCAACGGCAGCCGCUUCCGGUCGUCCGAUUCGGUCGCGUCGUCCGAGGCGGAUGUGCGCGUCAGUACCACCGGCAGCUCGUGGGACGACGGCCAGCAGCAGGAGAUAGCGCUCAAGCUGCGCCCAACGCUGCCCCGCAAGCAGUUCGACAUUCCGCGCUUCAGCCCGGCCGCCGCCUGGCGCCUGCUCACGACCGAGGACGAGUUCUGUCGGGACGCGGGCGACGCGCCGCUGCCGGACGAAGAGGACAAGAAGCUGACCGCGUCCUUCCUGCGCGCCCCCACCUUCGAGCAGGAGUUCGACGUGCCGGAGGAUCGCAUCCAGCGCGUGUACCGCGAACCGGUGCCGGGCCUGCAGGACAACAAGAGCGGCGACAGUGGCAUCUCGGGCGAUGCCGGCCUGCCCGAGCUCGGCGAGCCGCCACUAACACUUGCCAAGGAGCGGGCGGGCGACUCGACCCCGGACUCUAGCACCGGGAAGCAUCCGCUCAAACCGAGUGUGUGCGCUGGCGGCGAUGAUGGCCCGGGCGGGGGGGAAAGUGGCGGUGGAGGGGGCUGGUCGUCGAACGCACUGCUGCUGAUGCCGUGGACACCGCAGCAGGACCUCGAGGACGACGACGAUUCGACCACCGGCAGUGAAAACGACGCACCGCAGCGGGGCAACCUCGCCGAGAGCGGGGGCGGCGGGGGCCGCGACGGGCUACUCGGAGACGGGCGAGAUUUCUCCAGCAAAGGGCACCUGUUCAGCCUGUCCCUGCCGAGGGAGAACCACCUGUCCAUCUACAACGUCGAGGUCAACGAUGAGAAGGUCGAGAAGCAUGUGUUCAACAGUCUGCAGAAGUUCCGCAAGUCCGUGUCGGGAGCGUUCAAGAGCGAGGAGAGUGGCGCGAUCGACAGCAACGACAACUGGUUCCUGGGCCGGCUAGACCCGGCCACCGGUGGUGUUGGUGGGCGGGGAGUCGGUAGUGGUGGUGGUGUUGGUAGCGGGUCGGAGAAGCGUCCAAAGCUGCUGACCCAGACGCCGUCGUCGUACCCCAGUCUCGACCGGACCGGCUGCGAGAAGGAUGCUGCCGGGCUGGACGGCGGUGGCAGCGGGGGACCCGGGGUGACCUCGCUCACGCAGAGCAUACACAGCUCGAUCGGGUACCUCGUCAGCGGCAAGCACAUGAUGUAUUUGCCGCGCGAGCCGACGAAAGCAGUCCCGCCCCACCAGGACCGCCAGACGGCUGGAGGCAAGCAGGAUCAGAACAACAACAACCGGGCGUACCGCAACCAGAAUGGCCACGGUCAGCCUCAAUCGCAGCCGACCCCAUGGCCUGCGACAGCUUCCGCACACCGGGAAUCGCCCAAGGAGCGAAAGGUGCCGGACAAGGAAAACCUGCAGGACCCGGUGCCGGUCGGACCGACAUUGAGCGGCGCGGCGCUGUCGGCCGGCGAGAUGGAGCAGCUCCCGGUGAAGCUGUCCAACCGGCGCAACCACCGGUUCACCUUCCAGAGCACGAUCCGGCAGAUCGAGAAGCGGCGCGUGGCGGAGAAGCUGUCGCGCGAGGCCGAGAUCAAGGAGGCGAUGCGGCUGAGCGAGCUGGAGGCGAUGCGGCGCGUCGAGGAGGAGUUCCAGAAGAAGCGGGCGCGCGAGAAAGCCUCCAUUCGCCACCAGCUGCGACUGUUCUCGAUGGAAAACCACCCGGACCAGGGCCAGCACCCGGACGGCCACGACAUCGGCCAGCACGAUAUGACGGGCGAUGGCAAACGAUCCGAUCCGGACGGGGACAGCUUGCCACAUCAAAACAGCGGCGGUGGCGUCAACGGUGGCAGGGGGCUGUACCGGCGCAAGGACGGGUUCACAAGCAUGGAGCGGCAGCGGCAGUACCGACGCGCCAACGGCACACUACUGGAGGACGGCGGUGGAAAGCACGGUCCCAGCUACAACGAUUUCCAGCAACGGCCGCACAACGGCAACCACAGCGACGACGACGAGGGGGGCCACCGGUACGCGCUGGAGGACGAGGAGCUCGCCGGGGACGAGGGUUUAGAUGGUGGUAACGGCGUCGGACACGACGACGACGACGACGACGGGGACAACAGCAGCCUCGGGUACGUCGACACCCGGACGCCGUACAUCUCGCGGAUCAUUCAGGCGAAGAGCAGCAAAUCGUACGGCGCGAGGAAGUGA